AUGGAUCCGAUUCAAGAAGCGAUUGAAUAUAUCGAAUCGCACAAGCCAGGAGAUGACUUCUCGUACACAAAAGUUGCUGCCCAGUUUAGUGUUAAGCGCAAGCUUGUGACUACCUUUAACGUGCUAGCGACGCCUAUUGCGAAUCCAGUCUCGUCAAAGUUGUAG